AUGGAACGGCCCUCCUCGUCUGUGAGAGGUUUUGAAAACGCAAAUUUGUCCAGGGCCUGGUCUCCGACAUCUCGUCCCACUCUCAAUACGUCCUCUUUACCCAUUCAUCCGCCGCCAUCCAACCCAUCGGACCCUAGUCCUCAUCCCUCUUCCAUUCCACCCUCUUCCCAUUCCUCUCCCUGGUCACAAGACGCUUCUCUUGGUCCAUCCCAUCCCCAUCUCAAUUCUCAUUCCUCCUCUCGCCAUGUCACCCCAGAGCACCCACGGUCCUUUUCUGAUCCAGAUUGGUCCCAUAUCUUCUCGGCACCACUCAAUCCCACCGUCUUUGCUACACUGACAGCCAACGGCGUUAUAGGUCCCGUCAAUUCUGGACAACUCCCUUCGCCCUCUAGUCUCCCUGCCUCUUCCUUCCACGACCAUUUUCCUCGCACCCAUACCCUCAGCGUUCCAACAACCCAGGCUUCACCGAGUUCAUGGUCCCAACCUCCUACACUUUAUGGUCACUCUUUAUCGUACUCUACCAAGCCCUCAUUAGCGCGCUCAAAUUCUACUUCGCUAGACUUCCACCACGGUGUGAAUAGAGCCCCCGAUCUCGAUACUCGACGUUUGCCAGGUAGAUCUCAGCGUGUAGUAAGGAAUGGGGCACCUGACUCUGGUUCUGACCUUCGUCUCGAGAUCACACCGAAUCUCGGUCGUUAUGACUUUUCAAAGAAUAAUCGUGGUGUCAACAAAUCUCCCUUGCAUCAGAAUAACCCUGGCUUUUCCUAUUCAGGUGAGCGUCCACAUACAGGCCUACCUCCGUCGCUCUGGAUGUCUCCAGUGUCCACGUCGACAACGCAAUUCCCAGGGUAUGAUGCACUGAAUUGUCCUUCGGCGCCUGCUCUACAAGGUUCUCGCCGAUCCUCCCAUGCUCAACCAUCCAUUUCUCCGACAUCAACUACCACGGAUUCCAAGUCCACUUUGUUCACUGAUCUGUUCUCUGAUGAUUUGUUCGGCCAACAAGGCUUGUCUUUGUCUCCUCAGGCUACGAGUCCCUUCACUUCUCCCAGAGUUUCUGGCUCUCCCGAUUUGCAACACGCGCCCGAUCCGGAUAUUGAUCCAGAUCGACUGGCAAAGGAGGACCCAUUGGCGACGCAGGUUUGGCGGAUGUAUGCAAAGACGAAAGCAACAUUACCUCAUGCUCAGCGGAUGGAAAAUAUAACCUGGAGAAUGAUGGCGCUGGCCCUCAAGAAGAGGAAAGAGGACGAAGCUACCGAGGGCCUUGCAAAAGAGGAAGAGGCCCCUCUCCAUGAUCAAGCGUUAGGUCGUCUCCGCGAGGCGCCCCAAGUUGAACAUAAGCCGGACAAUGAAGGCGAACCAGAUGAAAGAGGGCGAAGAAUUGAUAAGGGGAAAGCGAGAGUACGGGUCGAGGGAUUCGACGGAACGAAUCAAGAUCCUUUCGAGGAGGAAGACGUAGUGCCUAUGGAUUGGAGGGCGAUGAGUCGUUCGCGGUCUCGGAUAUCAAUGGAUUGGCGGCCCACCAGUCGUUCUCGGUCGCGGCCUCCCGAAUCAACAUCUUUCGACCAGCAUGGUUUCACUAACAACCCAUACGAUGUUGGCAUCCCUUUUCCCGCAAUGGGUCCACCCUCCUCACAAGAUAAUUCCAACAAAGGCAGGGGAAUGUCAAUGAGUAUUCCAAUUCCCGGAUCUUCAUUCCAUUCAAACGGUCGACGCAGCCCGACAUACGGAGGUAUCCAUCCCCGCACUGAUCUCUCUGUAUUGUAUGAAGGCCCAAGCGAUGGUACGUCAGCCUUGUAUGAGAACUCCAGCGAAUCGCGCUUCCCUCCUGGACCGGUGUACCAUCACUCGCCUUCAACAUAUAAUUCUCCUGCAUUUGGACCCUCAUCACUACCUACGGCCAGCCUCCAUGGUCUCACCAAGAUGAGCUUGUCAAGUCCUGUACUUCAACGAAGAAGUUUCCCCCAACACGUGCGCAAAACGAGUUUUGAUCACACUGUUCCCAAGGAUGGAAUCCAUACAGAGCUGAAAGGACGUCACCAGCUGAAUGGAAAACCCCAGCUUUCCGAUAACUUGGCAGGUACAAAGCGACGUGCGGAAACGGUCCUUUUUGACAGUUUGCUGCGUGCUGAUCCGUCGAAUAUGGACGGAACGCAUUCCCCUCUUGAUCCUCGACUCGCUCGAAACGAAAGCACUAGUCCAUUUCCUUCAACUUCCUUCAAUUUUUCGUACCCUCCUUAUGAAGGGAUAUUUGAUAUACCGACAACAGCGUCUGCAACGCCCUUGGCCCAACCCACUCAGUAUCCUUCCAAUCUGCGACCUAAUCUUGAAAGCAGUCGCUAUCACUCAACUCGAUCAUCAAGUAGCAAUAUGUAUCAAUCAUCGAGAUCACCUUCAUCGGCUGGUGAGGGCCUUUCUGCAACAGCAGCAGCGGCCUCGGCGGCGAUGGCGGAAGAAUACGCACAUGCUGCUAAUGUGGAAGGAUCGGUCCUUGACUAUCGUCUCAUGGGUUUUCCAUAUUCAAAUCUUGAUGGCUCGCCGAUGGGUCAUAAUCCAUACACUCAUGUCGACCCUACUCAGAUUCUUUCUGUCAGUCAGGGUGACCUUGGGGGGUACGCUGCAUUCCACGCGAGUCCCUCGAGUGAUGGUUUGGGUAACGGGGUGGGGUCAAGCUCAAAUGCAUCUCCCGAAUCAUACAAUACAUCAUCGGCAUCCACACCGCCAUCAACGGAGGGCCCUUCCAACGGACAGCAUGCUUCACGACCAAUACAACGGAGGUAUAUUUCGCUUCAGCAAGGGGCACAAGAUGUGCAACGGAAAAAGUCGAUGCCUUCACCUACGCUGGGAGAACAAAAGUCGUCACCAAGUACCCCCGAACUCGGCGGCACGGAGCCACAAGGUGGUAAACCUGAAGAAGCGGAUCAGACCCCAACCCUUUGCACCAAUUGCCAUACGACGAACACUCCCCUCUGGAGACGUGACCCGGAGGGACAACCACUCUGUAAUGCAUGCGGUUUGUUUUUUAAAUUACAUGGCGUUGUGCGCCCUCUUUCGUUAAAAACGGAUGUGAUCAAGAAGCGCAAUCGUGCUUCGGGGACUCCAAGCAGCAGCUCCCGGAAGGGAGUUUCUGCUCUACCCAAGAUUGCGUCAUCCACGACACGACCUCGUUCUCAAUCGAAUUCAAUAGUCGGCGGGUUAGGCAGAGGUGGAUCAUCCGCAGGGCGCGGUGGACAGCCACCUGGCACCAUUGUAACCCUUGCCAUGAAGCGACAACGACGGACUUUUGGGGCACAACUUUCUGAAGCAGACAGUUAA